CUAUCUAUCGUGAAAGUAGAAUGCAAUUUAGUUUGUCCCAGUUGGGUUGCUGUAGAUAGCGUAUUGUGUGACGUAAUCAGCAGACGACGGACCCCGAGCCGAUCUGGAAGCCGAGCCGAUGUGGUACCAGAGCCCAUAGACAUCUUGAUGUCUAUGCCAGAGCCCGUCUACGAACAUGGAGAAAGAAAUGGCUCAUAAACAUGAGGCGAAGUGACCUCAGACACUCCAUGUCACACGAGGAGUUAAUGCAGGGGGGCUACGUUGUCUGUGAACUGCAUUUUGAGGAAUGCUUCCUUAAAAAACACAAUGGAAAGGUGGCACUCACCAGAGAUGCCAUCCCCACACUGGUGGAUUGCGACAACCCGCCACCACUUGCCUCCCCUCCUCUUAAAAGGCGAAAAAAAAAAGAAGGUAACAUAACUGAGACCAAGACCAACCUACAAAUAAUUAAGACAGUCCCCUGAAAUAACAUUUACAUACAUUACAUUGAAUGAAAUAACUUUAAAUGAUCCUUUGAUAUUGACUGAUUCAAUCCUCAAAAGCUAAGCAGAGUCAAUCUGAGGAAGAAGACAGGUAUAGACACAGAGGGAGGGACAGAGAAAAGCACAGAGGAGACAGCAGAAAUUAUACCGGAAAGGACAGAGGAGACUCUAGAGACAACAGUUGAAAUGGAGGAAAGGACAGAGGAGAGCGCAGAAGGGACAGUAGAGUCAAAUGGAGGCACCAAAGAACAGGCUGAGGCUCAGGUGACAAUUCUGCACAGCAGUCUCCAAAAGAAGGACCAGAGAAUAAAACAACUAGAGGCACGCCUUGCAAGGCUGCAAAGGCUAAGACGCAGGAAAAGGAAGCCAGCUGGCAUGCCAAAAAAAUCCAAUCCCCAUGAAAUUAUGGAGGAGAGGCUCCAGAGGUGUCCUGAGGGCUGCCGGAACUUCAUUAGGGCACAACUGUCAGAGGCAGGGAAAAAGGACAGAGGGAGAAGGUUCAACAGGCACAUGAAGGAUCUAGGGCUGCAGCUGUUACACAGCAGCCCAAAGGCCUACCGACAAAUGAAGGCCAUAUUCUCGCUUCCUUCUGGAAGGACACUUCGGCGUUACGUUAGCGCACGUGUGGGAUAUUUCUCUCCUGGCUUCCUACAGGGAAUCAUCUCCCAAAUGGGAGUCAUCGCCGCCACCAUGACCCCUGUGGAGAGGAUGUGUACGCUCGUCCUGGACGAGAUGUCAAUCAAAAAACAAUUUGAUUACGAUCGCAAGAACGAUGCCAUUUAUGGUGUAUCUGCAUCUGGGGCUGCAGCAAAACAAGCGAUGGUCGUCAUGGCUAGGGGCAUUAUGGGGAAAUGGAAGCAGGCAAGCCAUACCUUAGAAAAACAUUUAUGA